AGACAUGAAGGCAGCAGAAGUCGGUGUCAGCCUUCCGCGGGAAAUUUCGUCCUGCCUUGGAUUUACAAACCUAACAGCGCCGUAUAACAUCUUACACCACAAGCGCCUCGAAGCUUCAUGUUAGUGGCAGCUUCUGGCACAGGCAACAUAAGAAAAUGUCGAAGAAGAAAGGACUGAGUUUGGAGGAGAAGAGAACUCGCAUGAUGGAGAUUUUCUUUGAAUCGAAAGAUGUUUUCCAGCUGAAAGACAUUGAGAAGAUCGCCCCAAAGACAAAAGGCAUAGCUCCCAUGACUGUGAAGGACGUGCUGCAGAGCCUGGUGGAUGACAACAUGGUGGACUGUGAAAGAGUGGGUACAUCCAACUACUACUGGGCCUUUCCCAGCAAGACCCUGCAUGCUUGCAAGCACAAACUGGAGGAACUGCAAAAACAGACUUCUCAAGCCAAACAGCGGAAAGUAUCUCUCGAGCAAGCGGUGGAAAAGGCAAAAGUGGGACGUCAAGAUACAAAGGAGAGAAGCUCUAUGCUGAAGCAGUUGAAGGCUCUGAGAGAGGAGCGAACUCAGCUGCAGGCCGAGUUGGAAAAAUACAGGGAAUGUGACCCAGAAGUCAUUGAGCAGAUGAGAAAGUCAAAUGUUGUAGCAAAAGAUGCCGUUACCAGGUGGACAGACAAUGUUUUCUCCAUCAAGUCUUGGACAAAGAAGAAGUUUGCCUUUGAUGACAGCCGCAUUAAUAAAGCUUUCGGGAUCCCGGAGGACUUUGACUACAUGGACUGAUCGCCAGCUUUUCUACCAGAGGUCACGGUCACAAUAAGGGAAGAAUAAGUGUUCAAGCUUCCGUUUGAAGGCAGUCUCCUGGUCUCAGCAGUUCUAGUUCAUGUUCUCUGUAUUAGAGUGAAAAUAAAUGCACCAUAUUCACACUUAUGGCCUGUGGUGGCCUUUGAAUAGGGGCUGAUAUCAGUCAUUUUGCUGUGGCAGAUCAUCGGCGAAUAUAUGUCGCUUUGGUGCAACCAGAGAAGAGGAGCACCCACCGUUAGUAGCUGUAAGGGGUGACGGGGGGUUCUGUGAUGAACACAACCGAGCAGCCUGACUUUUGGGACACCUGUUUGCUUGAAAACUGAGAAGUCCAAGUUGAUGAUGGAAAGGAAUCAACACUUAACACAUCUGUGCAGCCAAUGAUCUAAUUUAUAUGGUUUAAACAGAUGGUUUGGAAUCAAAUGCUUGUGCACUUUUUCCCUGUUUUUUUUCCCCCUGUUUUAUUUUUGCCACGGGCGGAAAAAGGAAAAUUUCCUUGUCCUUCAUUUAUAGUGCGCUGGUACUGAAUGGAGAGAAUUAAAUUACAGAGUUAUGUUAUGUCUACAAGUGCUGUAAAUAUUUCAAGCAUGUUCACCUCUUUUCUCGCGUUGCAAAACAUAAAAUGUCCCUCUGAGUUUUACAAACUGUUUUCUGCAGUAUUCCCCCCAAAGCUUCGUGAGCAGUGUACAAAUAUAUUUACCGUGUAUAGGGUCAUCACAUAUUCACUUUCUGUACGAACCAAAAAAAGAACACGGUUGUCACAACACGUCUCAGACAACUAUUCCCCUCGCUUCUUUUCCUCCCUUUUUCUCUGUCAAACCAGAUGCAAAACAGGUAGUUUUGUGUUUACUCAAUGCCCCAGUUGCCAAUGUGUCUUGUUGAUUUACAUUUCUAAUGUGCAUGUUUGUUUUAGUCAUCUGUUUAGUCUUCUUUGCUGUGGAUGGAAUUAUAUGCAGACAUAUUGUUGGUUAAUGACUUUUUGUUUCUUAAUGGAAGUAAUUUUUUUUAUCUGUAAGCUGUUAAAGAACAUUAAGAAGUGGAUUUUAUGUGAAAUAUAUCCUUGCAAACAUA